AUGCCCAUGUCCAUAGUCCAGGGCAACGGAGGGGGUUACCCUGGGGCCGUGUUACCCAUCCUGCUGGGUAGGACCAGGGCAACGGAGGGGGUUACCAAUGGGCAACCUGGGGUAGAAGGAACACCGGUGGACGUUACCUUACUUGGACCAAGUACGCCGGCCGGAGAGUCCGAUACGUUUGCAGUCACCACAUCCCCCCCUUCACGAGGCGCCGGUGUGGCUACCGGCGUCCUCGCUGCUCCAGCAGCGGUUGAGCCUGGCAAGUCAGCACCCAGACCCCUUGCUAAUACACCGGGGACCACCCCAGCUGCAUCUGCUACCCCGGAAGCGACAAAAGGACGGAGUGUACCGCUGGCGGCAGUGGUCGGGGCAGUGAGUGCACUUGGUGCGGUGGUGAUCCUUGCCGUACUGGCACUCGUCAUAAUACGUAGGAGGCGCAUGGCGCGGCGUGUGGCUCCGGUGUACCUCAGCCCUUACGAGAUUCCUGAUCCCAGUUUGUUAGAUGACCCACGAAAUGGGGGUGCGUAACAGUUUCAAGCUUCCCAUGCAUGCGGGGCUGGACUGCGUGUUGCUAAUGCGCGUGGGCCCUUACAAAGGCUUCACAUAAACAAGUGCAAUCCCUACCAACUUAUUGGGGCUUCUGACAGCGCCAAACAGGGCCAAACAGGCCUUAACAGCCUAUAGCAUGGCCUAAUAGCCUGUUUGGCACUGUUGACAGCCCUAUUGAGUUGGUGGGGAAUUGCGCCUCAUCCUAAUCAAGUAGUCCUAGCAAUGACUUUAGCGAGCCCUAGGUGCCAUGGUGCGAAGGGUAAAUUGCAUACGAGCAAGAGAGUGGUGGCCGCGGAUGAGAGCAGGGAGAGCUAUAGACGGCUGAGGCGAGUGAAGUGGUAGGUGCAGCUCGUGCGGUGGGGUGCUGGGUGGGCAGCAGGAGGCGCGUGGUUCGGCCAUGGAUAUACUGCUGGCGCAUGCUGUCUUGUACCAUACGAUGGCCCGUACUGCACUAGUGAUACUGUGUUGUCAGGGGCUGACACAUUUAUAUGCAUGUAAGAAACAGGGGGGUGUAUCUUCGCCCGUGGCAGCUACCCUGCGAAACCCUGCCUUCCCCGGUAAUUCGGGGCACCCUCAUCCAGUCACCCUAGUCAACUUCUCAGUGGAUCGCUCAGGUUCCGCACCAACCACCAGCAUCCAACGGAAUCUGCCGGGUCGACAGCGGCCCAACUCCGUUCCUGGUCGGCUCGCAGGUUAACUUUAUCCCAGGUUACCACCGUCCAUCAACUAGGGGCGCAAUGCCUUCCACCAUCGGAAGGACUUUCACCCUAAUGGCUAUCGAUCCCGGGAUCUGCCGGGGGAAAUGGUCGCGCCUUACCAGUAGUGCCAAACCCUAUAUAUACAUUUAUAUGUAAUGUAAACGUACGGCGCACUUGAUGUCUAUGUAUUGUAAGACGCAUCUUACAUGGCGUAACCAUACAUAUCAAUUCUGUGUUUUAUGCACCAUAAUUUCUCUUAUUCGUAGGACAUCCUUGAAAACGGAUGUCACGACAUAGCUGCAUGACCGUCAACGGCCAACAACCGUUUUUAACGGCUACGCAAUGUCAU